AUGACUCCCUUCACCGCAGUCAUCUUGACUGUCCUGUCUUUCGUCCAGCUUGGAUGGGCCCAGAUCGGAUACAACGCCAACACCAACAGUCUGCUUUGCUCCAAGCCAGGAGGCCACUACUGCGUCCAUGGCUCCCUGCAAGGCCCUACCAUGAUAUCUUGCGUUUCAACCACCACCGCUGAGAUCCGCUCGUGCAAUAUUGAAUUGGUUAAGAUUCUUCCUCCCGGAUAUAAGGAUAUGGCUAUCUGUUACGAGACCGCUCCUAUCCUCGGCGACGCCCUCUGCGCCUUCAAUGGAACAGGGUAUCCUCGGUCUGGCAAACCGAUUCCGAUCCCUGAGACCGCGCUCUGUACUGCCGGUUCUUCCAACGGGGAUCCCGACAACUAUGGUGAUUCGGACGACAACGGUGCCAUCGACAGCAACAGCGACUCCUCUCUCUCGCCCAAAUACCGCCCUCCCAAACGCUCACAUUCCUUUCCUCUAGAGCUAGAGAGUCCUAAGCCCCAAAUCACAACCACAACCCGUGCCGACAAUGAGAAAGGAAUAAUUCAAACUAUGCCUUCCCUACCUCUUCCGCCCCCGAUUACCCCGUUGGACCCUCUCACUGUGCUUUCAACAUUGACUAUGCAGCCCAGAUCCACAGGAAAAAGUCUCAGUCGGUCUCAACCCCCCUGUGUGCCUCAGCUGCGAGUCCGAGAUCCGAAUACUACUGUUCCCGCAGUCUCGGGCUCGGGCUCGAUCAACCGUGUAUCUUCAGGUCCUGCAUUUGCGGCACUGACAUCCACUCCCACGUCUCCGCCUACUGUCUGGAGACCUCGAUUGGCUGAUAAGUGUACUUGGACUCCGACGCCGAUGUAUAGGACUGGGGCGGGGGUUGUGAGAUCUUCGUCUUCGUCUUCGAGUAUUUCGUCUUCUUCUGAGGUGGCGAGUUCAAGUUCGAUUUGGAGCUCGAGUGUCAAGCCGACGGAGACUUCGGGUGGGAAGAAGUCGAGAGCUGCGGCUUGCUUGGCUCAGAGGAUUGGGGUUGGUAUGUUGGUGGUGUGGGUGCUUGGUUGGGGAGUCGUGUUGGGAUGGGUUUGA